AACCAGGGGCGGACUGACAACUCAUGGGGCCCCCGGGCAAUAGGGGAUCAUGGGGCCCCUGUGUCCUUGCCCAAACUCAAAAAAGCCUAUGAAAAAGGUACCAGGGGCAUCUCAUGGGGCCCCCUACUGACCCCGGGCCCUUGGGCAGUGCCCGAGUUUCCAAAUGGUCAGUCCACCCCUGGGCCCAAUGACACCAAUGAAGGGGCACAAUACCUCCUAAUGACACCAAUGAUGAGACACAAUUCCUCCCACUGUCACAAAAUGAUAGGAGAUAGUUUACUCCCACUGAUGCUGGAACAU